AUGACGGCCCUUGCUGCGGCACCCGUGAUGAAUGGCCACGAUUCCGGUACUGAAACAGGCACGGAACAUAGCCCAUCUCGCUUUACUGCAGUCAAUGGCAGAGAGCCUGUGAUUGGGAACUCUGGGGAACGUGGUUUUCAAGAAAAGUCCAAUCCAGAUUGGCGAGAGGACCGAGCAAAGGAUAUGGAUGAAAGAUUGUCCCAGAGAUCCUCGCCUCCGAUAUCCAGCAAAAAUAAAAGAAAAAGAUCAGAAUCACGAGAUCAGGAAUCUUCAACUCACGAGGGAGAUGCUUCCAGGAGUCCGGAGAAUCACCCUGAGGUUCAAUCCAACCCUACGAUGCCAGGAUCGGUAUCAGAGGAUCGAGGCAAUCAAUCAGCAACGCCUUCACAUCGGUCCGAAGGCAAUGAUGCAGGCCAGACAUCAGCCAACAGUCCUUGGUCAGAAUAUGAUUCUCAGCUGGUCACCCAGGCACAACGAGCCCAGCAGAUUGAUGCCUCAGAUGCCCAUUUGGCAGAUGCGCUCCAACGCGAGACAAGCCAUGAGAGGCCCGGUGUAAAUCGCUCCACGCCGGGGGCUCAGGCUUCGUCUCCCGGAUAUGCCCCAGAUCGGCAUGGGACGACGCAGGUAGCUCCAAAAAGGAAGCGGGUAUUUAGUAACCGAACAAAGACAGGCUGCAUGACUUGCCGCCGCAGAAAGAAGAAAUGUGACGAGCAACAUCCGGCAUGCAACAAUUGUCUUCGCGGCGGUUUUCUGUGUGAAGGAUACUCUUCACGAAGCACCUGGCAAAAGCCAUCCAGCGCAAAAGCACCUAUUCCCUUGCAAUCCAAAGAAGGAUACCCUGACAUAACCGGCCCGUAUGUGCAGGAACCCACUCGACAUCAUGAUCGACAGCCUCUGGAGCAUAUGGAAGCGACCAAAAUAAGACCCUUAAUGGUCGAAGAUAACGACCAUCCUACGCCACAAUACAACUCGGUCACCACAGGAUCCAGUCAUGGAUGGUCAAAGCAAGGUUGGCCGGGUGCUGGCCAUGCGCCCUACGUAUCUGAACCGAUGGCAAAACCCGACUAUCGGGAAGUGCCAUCCAUCCAUGAACUAACGCGAGAGGGUCGAUCCAAACCUGACUAUCCUGUAGUCCCAUCCAUUCGGGACAUAAAUCACGGAUCUCAUCCAAAAUCCACAUUGCCGAUAUUCCAGAGUGUGGAGCAACGGACAUUGCCCGCUGCCUCGGUGGAGACGAAUAGUCCACAGGUUCAAGCCCGCAUGGCACUCAGCAUAGAACAACAGUUGUCUGCUGAUACGGAGAAAGAUAAAAUGAUCCGAGGGGAGCUCUAUCGGCCAUUCGACGUUCACCUUGUAGAGGAACGGGACCGUUGUCGAGGCGCACUGCGGAGAUUCAAUAACGCCUGCAACCCACUCACCGGGGUCAGCACGAAAGAGCAAAAUCGACUGCUGAGGGAACUGAUUGUACCCCCAGCAAAUACCUUUGUCAAUUCACCAGGGUCCGGUGAACACCGAUCUGUUGGGUCUCUUAGCCAAGGAGUGGUGGUUGAGGCACCUUUUACCUGUCAUUAUGGAUACAAUCUUCAUAUUGCUGAGAAUGUCAUGAUCUCAGAGAACUGUCUGUUUGUGGAUGACUGUGGCAUCCAAAUUGGUUGUCACACCUGGAUCGGCCCUGAUGUCAAAAUACUCACCUCAACGGCUUCUCCUAACAUGCAGGAGCGCAAGGGCUCGCAGAUCCGGUAUCAAGGCCGCCAGGUCGUCAUUGAACAAGAGUGCUAUCUUGGCGCAGGGUGCAUCAUCUAUCCGGGUGUCCAUCUUGGACGUGGUGCCUAUGUGGCCCCGGGAGAGAUUGUGAGGACAAACGUUGCCCCUUUCACACAUCAAGGGAUGAAACCCAGCUUGAUGUGA